AUGGGUGCUUCUCUAGCUGAUCGAUUAGAAGCCAUUGCAACGGAGAAAAAGCUCUCUAAUGUUCAAGUUAAACGGCUUCUAAAGCAAGUUUUGACAAAUCCUGUUGUUGUUAAGGCUUUUAAGCAAUAUAUGAGCGGUGAGCUGACUCUUCUUGAACCCGAAACCGGUUCGGCUUCAACAUCAACACGAAAACGAGCAAGGGUUCUUGGUUUUGAUCUCCCUGCAUUUGGUCCAAAUUCAAAUUUUAUGGAUACAUGGUGCAAGAGAAGAGUUACAAGAUCUCUCACGAAUAAGCUCAAAACUGAGGUCGCGAAGAAACGUCAGCAGGAAUCGAAAUCAAAACCUGGAGAUUCCGCAAAAAAUAUUAUUGCCAUGGACUUCACGGAUGAAGUUGAUGACGAGGAGGAUGUACUAAAUAAUGUUCGAUCGCAGUCAAUGCCUUCCGAUACUACAUCUACUGAGGAAACUGCCAAUGAAUUUGUGUCCUUUACUUCAACUAGUCCUCGACAGCGAGAUGAAGACUAUCAGCCAACUGAUGAGGAUAUCACUGUCAUUCGUCGGGAUAUUCUCUAUGACCUUGAAGGCGUGGAAACAAAAUCAAGUUCUACGGAGGAUGAUGAUGAUUCCCUAAACGAGAGUUUUGUUACAGUAGCAUCAGGUGAUAGCCCUCAAAGAGAUUACUACUUACGUUCAAGGAAGUCGGACGAGAGAUGCUUAGCUGGUCUAACGCCCAACAUCCUCCAUAUGUUAGAUGAAGAUGAUCCCGUGGCAGAAACUACGACAGAGAGGGACGCUCAACACUUUGCCGACUCCUUUGCUAAUGCUACAGCUGCGGUAAAUAAUUUGACGAACGAAACAGAUGAUCCUGAUGAGGAAAUGUAUGCCUUGUUUAUAAAAUCAAUCUGUUCAAAAUCUCAACAGUCAGGUGACGACACUUCAUCUACUCCUCGUGCUGAUAAUUUUGCCGUCACUUCAACUUCGGAUAAAUCAUCAUAUGAAAUGACUGAUCCUGAGGACGUGAUAUAUGCGAAGUUCAUAAAAUCAAUCCGCCAGCCAACGGCAGUCACCAAUGUAUCUACUCCUCAAAUCCACGAGGAUCUUCAAGACCCGAUGGUAAAUCAGCACACCCCCACUAAUGCUAUCGACACCUCUAACGCAGUCAUGAUUCGUCAGGUGCGUCAGGGUGACUUAAAUGACAGUAAAGCGGUUACCGACGAUGAUCCAGAUUUUGACGUAAUGGCUGAAUUGGAAGAUCUCCGCUAUGAUGACUUCUUUGAUGAACUUCGAUCAGAUCGAGCUGUUCGCGAAUUGAGGGAAGAUACCGCCGAAUUUUUGCACAACGAUCGUGAAAUCUUUAAUUUUGAAACACCGAGUAAUACAGUACCUUAUACUGGGAAUGAAGUGCGUCCUAAAAAGGAUAAGUGCAUUGUAUCUUAUCCACCACUUCCUCCGCCUCCGUUGUAA